AUUGGAUAUGCUUUAGGUCAAGUGAAAACAGUACAUAAAGAAGCAGUGCAGCAUACUUAGAGGGAAUGGAAGUAGUAGACCUGCUGCACAUUAUGUGCAUUAUGGACCAGCACUACCCUAUAGUGGACUACAUGAGAAUAGGGAGCAUGUUCUUGUGGGGGGAGGCGAGGGCAACAACGAUGGCCGCGCCACAUGAAGAGGCGAAGGUCGGCAUGUCGGGCCGGGACUUCGUGGGUCACGUGACCGUCCGGAACAUCCCCGGCCGCAGCGAAUUUUUCUCUUGUCUUCGUCGAUCACCAUCUCUCUGUCCGCUCGACGCGCGUCGGCCGCCAGGCCGCGCGUUGUCUUUUCCUAACAUUCUCUCGACGUUGCCGCAACCACCACCGCCCCCUCUGCUUCGUCACGCCUUGACGCGGCCUAUGACGCGUCACCAAGGCGACCGCCUACCCAGGUCGCCUGUCAGCGACGUCGACGACCCUCCCCACCCCCCUCCCCACCUGCAUCUCCACCUGCCGCGAUAUUCUGCACGCGGGUGGUCUUUGCACGCCCGCCUCGGCCGCCACGUAUGCGAGCGCCGAUCGUUGCGUGACGUGGCAAGUCCACGAUGCACACGUGCAUUGGUCUCGCGUGUCCGCGGACGGCCGCGCGUAUAUCACUACGUGCGGCGUGGUCGGGAUUGCAUGCACCCACUGACCACGACAUGUGUGCGUGAGAGGACCGGUCGAGGGGGACACCGCGAGAGUGGCGGCUCGGGACGAUCCGGAGCGGCAGCUGGCGAGCGAGAGGAAAUGCAGCAGCGCGCUGUACGACGUCAGGUGUGUUCUGCCCUCAAGUGCGCUUACUGACGAGCACCGCACGUCUUAGGCAUUUGCCCGGGGUGUGUGAAUCGACGGCACGCACCUCAGCGCGAGCUCGGUAUUUGCCGAGUGCUGAGCUUGCAAGCUCGCGCGAGCGCACGACCAGAGGAGUGCAGGACAACACACAACGGUGCAAGGUGCGUUCCCGGAAUGUGUGUGGGCCGCUGGACGCGCUGAUGCUAGCGGGAGGUGUGUGCGUCGGGAGCGCAGAGGCGCGCAUCAGGUGAUGAUGAACAUGGGGUGGGCAGUGGUCGUGGGGAUGAGCGCGCGACCGGCAGGCAAUGUAGUUCUUCAG